GGAGUGGCCGAGGCACGGAACAUCGGUAGUGUUGGCAGGAGUGGAGUGCGCGCCAUAUUCCCCCGGAGCACCCCGCCCUGUGUCGCGUCUUGGCUUGAAUGGCUGAGGGUCAACGCUGGCCCGAGGUGGUCAUAAACUGUCAAACUGGAACUGAUGGAAUUAGAAAACAUUGUCGCCAACACAGUGUACCUGAAAGCACGGGAAGGAGGUUCAGACAGCAAUAAAGGAAAGAGUAAAAAAUGGAGAAGAUUACUACAAUUUCCGCAUAUAUCACAAUGUCUAGAUUUAAAAAGCAAAAUAGAUGUAAGAUACAGCUAUGUAGUGGAUCAGCAGCCCAUAGGAAGAUUGUUGUUUCGACAGUUUUGUGAAGCUGUAAAACCUGUGUACCAUAAGUACAAUAUUUUCCUAGAUGAAGUUGAAACAUACCAAGUUGAGGUUGAUGAGAAGAGACGAGAGUUGGCACAUACCAUCUUCAACAAAUAUCUUCAAAGGACUUCUUCAGCAUGUCAUAUAGUGGGGAUCCUGAAUGAGUCCUUGAUAGUGACUUGUAAGGAAAACCUGGACACUGCAGGGAAGGAGCUGUUCCUUGGUUGUGCAGCAGAAGUCAAGCUCUUCCUGGCUAAUGAGCCUUUCAAAGAAUUUGAGGCUUCCAUGUACUUUCAUAGGUAUUUACAAUGGAAGUGGCUAGAAAGUCAACCUGUAACGUACAAGACCUUCAGGAUGUACCGGGUGCUGGGGAAGGGAGGCUUUGGAGAGGUGUGUGCCUGUCAGGUGAGAGCAACAGGCAAGAUGUACGCUUGCAAGAAGUUGGAGAAAAAGAGAAUAAAGAAACGCAAAGGUGAAGCAAUGGUGCUCAUAGAAAAGCAAAUUCUACAAAAAAUUAAUUCCAGAUUUGUUGUUAGUUUAGCAUAUGCCUAUGAGACCAAGGAUUCACUGUGUCUGGUGUUGACAAUAAUGAAUGGUGGUGACCUCAAGUUCCACAUCUAUAAUAUGGGUGGGGACCCUGGUUUUGACCAGGAGCGAGCCAUUUUUCAUUCUGCUGAGGUGUUGUGUGGUCUGGGACACUUACACACACAGGGUAUUGUAUAUAGAGAUUGUAAGCCGGAGAAUAUCUUGUUGGAUGACCAUGGGCAUGUCCGAAUAUCUGACCUUGGCUUAGCUGUCCAGAUUCCAGAGGGAGAGAUGGUGCGAGGCAGAGUGGGCACGGUGGGCUACAUGGCACCGGAAGUUAUUGACAAUGAAAAGUACACAUUUUCUCCUGAUUGGUUCAGCUUUGGCUGUCUCAUCUAUGAGAUGAUUGAGGGACAAGCACCUUUCAGGGCAAGGAAAGAGAAGGUGAAGCGAGAAGAAGUAGAUCGUAGAGUCAAGGAACAGCAAGAGACUUAUUCGCAUAAAUUUUCUGAGGAAGCCAAGUUAAUAUGUCAGCAGUUAUUGAAAAAGAGUGCACGGGAACGGCUAGGAUGCUCAAGGGGAAGGCAGGGAGUAGCAGAGGUAAAAUCUCAUGCCUUCUUCAAGAACAUAAAUUGGAAGCGGUUAGAGGCUGGGAUGUGUGAACCUCCCUUUGUUCCAGAUCCUCAUGCGGUGUAUGCAAAAGAUGUAUUGGACAUAGAGCAGUUCAGUACAGUGAAAGGAGUCAAUCUUGAUGCAACUGAUGACUCUUUUUACUUAAAAUUCAACACUGGUUCUGUGUCUAUCCCUUGGCAACAAGAAAUGAUUGACACCAAGUGUUUUGCGGAGCUUAACCAGUUUGGGCCCAACAACACUCCUACUAAUGAUCUGAGGCUAGACCUGCCUCCACCUGAGGACAGCAAGAGCUGCUUCCCCUUCAGGCGACGGGUAUGCUGCAGCGUCGGAGGUAGCUAGGUGAAGUGUAAAGAGCCAAGAAUCAUCUUCAUCAAGAACAUGUUCAUUACCUCAAAAUUCUUGCUCUACAUUAUUGAACGUGGAAAGUUCAAAAUUGAGCAUUGACAGUUUCAUCAUCCAUGUUCCUGCAAGGUAGCAGUAGCUCCCAGGAAUUCAUUGUAAAGUGACAAGUUCAUCAUCAUUUAUGGAAUUCAUCUUCCAUUAGUCAGCCAUGAAGAAGAAGCACGGAUGUUAUCCUGUUCAUUGUCCAUUUUGUGCCAAGUAAGAAAAUGAAAAUGCUGAUGGUUCCCUAACUUUAAUCUGUUGUCAAGAACAGGGAUAGUGGAGUGUAAAAUAUUCUAAUUAGGCUUAUUCAGUUGUAAUUUUGUCUAAAAUACUCUGCUCACCCAUCUUGAUAUUAAUGUUACCUAAUGAUAGCAUGUGGGAAAACACUUAUAUAGUUCCAGUUUUAGGAAUAUAAAUUAUAAAUAAUAUAUUUGCACAGUAUCUGGCUCAUUUAUGUGUACUACAUGCAAAUUUGGUGGUGUACACAUUUUAAAAGACAUGUGCAUGUACACACAUUAUUUGAGAUUGUGUGUCAUGUGUGAUAUAUUAACAUGCAAAGUGUGCAUUCUUGUGUGCAAUAAUAUAGGGAAGAGGUUGGCAGACUAUUGCUAAUUGGUGCCCAUUGGGUUAAGCAAUCAGUUGAUUUCUUCUGGUUCUGUUUAGACCCUGUAUGUGGCAAAGGUCACUGGCCGGGGCUGCAAGAAUGAUGUGUUUGAUGUACUUGCCUCAUCAUAAAUAAGUACUUUCAAAUAAUUCUGGAGAAAUUGAUAUCUCCUUCAAAGGCACACUUACAGAUUAUAAAUAUUUGUUUGUUGACUUGAACAUUAAUCUGGUAAACAUUUUGGAUGUUUACUAAUGAGGACUCUUGGAUAGAAAGAGACGAAAGCAUGAAAUUGCUCAAGAAGGAAGACUGAGUGCCAGAUGGUGGUGAUGCAAGCCACACGGGGUGUUUUAUUUUGUGAUGCCAUUAUUGGGUUUGUGAUCCCCACCAAAAGCAGAACACCUCCAGCACCUUCCUUAAUAGCCACAAUUUUUUAGUUGAUAAUAUUAAAAAGUGAUAGGUCAGUAUUUUUUUCUGUAUAGUCAUGACUUGUUCAUUGCAUCAGACUAUCACAAUCUUUUAUCCAUAAAUUAGAACAUAAUCAUCUCACUUAUACAUGUUAUCAUUGUCAUGGUUUUACAUGCUUUAAUUAUUAUAUUUAAUGAUUACAUAAGAUGAGUAGUACCAAAUCCUUGAGUGCAGGGAGCCUUACGCAACACCGAUAGGUGGAAGUGCAUUUUCAAGUUGUUAUUAUUAUUAUUAUUAUUAUUAUUAUUAUUAUUAUUAUUAUUAUUAUUAUUAUUACUAGUACUGUUUUAUUAUUAGGAUUGUCAACAUUAUUAUUAUUAUUAUUAUUAUUAUUAUUAUUAUUAUUAUUAUUAUUAUUAUUAUUAUUAUUAUUAUUAUUAUUUUGUUGAUGUUUUUGUUAUAUCUGCAUUUCAAGAAACACUUGUGUUCACCUUAGGCAAAUGUUCAAGAAUGAUCAGAUAUCUGAAAAGUUUCAAUGAACAUUGAUGUAUAUUUCAUAUGGUUGUUUUAGAACCUGGAAACUAUCUUUCUUCACUUACACACAGUGUUUUGACCAAACAAAUAGUUAUACUAUAUUUAUAAGUUACUGUUCACAAUAACUCAUUGUAACAUUUAUGUGGAAUGGUACUGGCUGAUAAAAAGAUGAAACUUAAGAAUUUUAAUAUUAGUUUUUAUAUGAGAGGCAAAAGAUUCAAAGAUUGUCAAGAAGCAGUGUUUAGAGAAAAUUGUCCAUAAGACUUACUACAUUGAAAUUAGCAGGCUGAUUCAUCAUUCACUAUGCUAUGCCAGAUCUGGUCUGAUGUUUAUAUUUCACAAAUUUCAAGCACUUUGCAAAAUUGCAAAAAUUAUUUUUUUAUGAAAGCAAUCACGGAUUUUUUGCACGUAAAGCUUCCAACAAAAACUAAGAUUGCAUUUUUUUUUAUUAUUAUUAUUAUUAUUAUUAUUAUUAUUAUUAUUAUUAUUAUUAUGAUAAUGAUAAUUAUUUUUUUUUCUUUUAUUAUUUUUAUUAAUUAAUCAGAUUUAAUUAAUUAAUUAUUAUUGUUUUUAUUUAUUUAUUUAUUUUUUUUGGGGGGGGUGAUAGGAGAUGAUGGUUAUUUGUAGUAUGUGAACUUGAAAAAUUUAUGUAGUCCAAGCCUCACUUGUAUUGAUGGUGCCAUGUGAUGGAAAGUUAAUUUUGAGUUGUGGCCAGCAACACAUGUUUGGGGCAUUUUUAUUUAUUUAUAUUAUAUCUUUCUUUUUCUUCAUCUUUGUAGUAGGUUAGAUUUCAUUAUUUGAAAGUUUUAAGGUUUUGUGAUAACUGUGCAAAUAGAUUCAGUCUAUAGGUUUGUGUUUGGACAAAAGUUGAUGAGUAAAAUUUUGGCCCAGAUUUUUACUUAUUGCUGAUACAGACCAGAGUGUUGGAUAUGGCAAAGUGAAAGUAAAGGAAAGGAUGGUAACACAGUAGUUAACUGAAGAUUCAUUAAUGGGUCAGGCCAAAUGAUAAGUUGUUUUAAAAUGAGCAACUAGGUAAAACUAUUUUACAAGAAUCCAGAUUUCAGAGCAUCAUGAAAAAAACAUUUAAUUUUGUUUAAAAAUGUGUAAAAAGAAACAUCAUGUGAUGACAAAAAGUCACAAUAGUAUUAUUUUACAUGUUAUUGAGAGUGAAAAAUUAUCAGGAUGUAAUUUUACUUGCACCAUAAGUGUUCAGUAAUUUUCAGAACAUAAUCAGAGUGCACAUAAUUAUGUCCUGUAAGCAAGUUGCAGGCUACUAUUCUUACACAUCUAAUGUGUUUUCUUUUAGCCAUUAUGUAUUUUAAUUAGGUUGGCCAAGCUGAAAUAGUUGUGGAAAAUAAAUUGCCAUAGAGGAGUAACUGUGCAGGCACAGGAGCCUCAGAGGUCCCUUAAAGGGUGGGCAUGUGUGCAAUUGUCCAAGUCUGAAGAAUGUCUACUAGGUAAUUAGAACUUGAGCAGAGAACUGUAAGCUAUUCAAGCUUACUAUCAUGAUUCCUUGGCACCUCAAUCAUAACUGUUAUUUGUAUUAGUUUUGUAAAACUUGCUAAAAUUCAUAAUCUAUUUGACCAUGAAAUUCACAACUAAUUUAAAGCAAAGGUAGAAUUACUGUUAUUGCUUGAAACAGUGCAGCAAACAAUUAGAUGAUAAUAUAUAUAAAUCAUAUUAGUUUUUUUUUUUUUUUUUUCCCAAGGGAUGGAGUUGGGUGUACAAAUGCUAAAUAUAAAAUUUACAAUACUUUCAAAAGGUAUCAUGUUUGCUAUUGUUUAAAAUUUAUGUUUCAUAUAUUUAUUUAAAGUUUUAUAUCAGUCUUGCUAGUUUGCUUUCAGAUACCAUACAGGGUCUUGUGGGAGAACUCUUGUGAAACUUGCUAAAGGAAAAUGAUGUUUGCAAUAAAAGACCUCCCACAAGAUGUUACCCUACACAUGUCAGCUGUCCAUGACUUAGGAGUAAUUAUACAGCAUAGUGAAUUCCCACACUUUUUCUGACUUUUCCAUUAACUUGCACAUGCAACAAAACUGUGUAACUUUGUAGUGAAUAUUAAAAUGUGUAAGACUCAAAGCCUUGGUUGCAUUUUUCUAUUUGACUGUUUUGUGUUAACUUUUGUCUGCAUUAUGUUCAAAUAGUUAUCCUUUUAAAUGACUUGUCAUUGUCUUCAUUAUCUAUUCAUUAUUAUUAUUGUUUUUUUUUUUUACUAUACAUUCCCUGAUUGAUUCCGUUGCAACUUAACGUCAUUGGUGAAUUAACCAUGAAGUUAAGAUUACAUUUGAUUGAGAUUGAAAUUCCAGGCAGCUUCUGUCUAAUAAUUUUUUCCCCUUCAUGUUUUAUUUACAGGUUUAGGGAUGCUGUUCUUCUAGACAACAAAACUGAUUAAUCAUAAAUGAAAAGAUGUUGCUUUUAAGUUACUGUUGUUUCUUCCUUCAUCACUGGAGCUUAUGUUAACAUACUGUAGGUAUCAAGAUAUAUGACGUACACUGUUUUGGCUUUACCUAGAUUAGGUACACGUGUAGGAUGACAUGUCCUGUAUUGUUAGUGAUUUUUUGUUGGUUUUAUUUUGUAUUUAUGGUUUAUUUAUUUUUUUUCAAUCGAACAUGUUCCACUGAAUUAUUUUUUUAGUGUAUUAAUAAUCUGUGAUCAAAGAUUGUGGUGGAAGAUGAGAAUGUACAUUGAGCUGUGUGUGUAAUACCUGUACAUAAACUCCCACUGUAUAUAGAACUACUUCUCAUUGUU